CAAAAAUAUUUAAAAACAAAAUAUACAAAUAAAUAAUAAUAAAUACUUAACUAAGUAUUAUUAGAUAACAAACAAGUUAUUUUUAAUGAGGUAAAACCAAGUAAUGCUAUUGCUUUAAUUUAUAAACAUGUUUCUUAAUUUAUUUAUCAAAUUUUCGCCACCAUGCGCUUUGAAGAUCUGCAUCAAGAACAACUUUCACUUUAUUGACCACAAUUUCCGUUACUCAGCCAUAACAAGUACUCGGUAUUAUUCUACCAAAACAAAAAUGGCUUUAACUCCUGAACAAAGAUCAACCACUUUGGCUGCCCUUCUAACCCAUGGUUGGAUCAUGGUGGAAAAUAGAGAUGCUAUUUAUAAGGAAUAUUUAUUCAAGGACUUUAAUCAGUCUUUUGGUUUUAUGUCUCGAGUUGGAUUACUGGCAGAAAAAAUGAACCAUCAUCCAGAAUGGUUCAAUGUUUACAACAAGGUGCAGGUUACAUUGUCUUCUCAUGAUGUUAAUGGGUUAAGUGAACGUGAUAUAAAAAUGGCAACGUUUAUGGAAUCUGCUGCCAAAUCUUUAAUGCAAUAAAAAAAUAAAUGUAGAAAGUAUGUGAACAGGGCCAAAUAUUGAUGUAAGUGAUUUGUUUGGUUUUUGUGGUCUGUAUAUUUCUUUAAUAAACGUUUACGCAGAAAUAAGACAGUGG